AUGUGGGAAUUCGAUGAUGACGAAGGGAAGGCCAGGGAGAAGAUUUACAAGCCAAGGCGUCAAUACCAGGAGCUACCAGCCAAACCUACCCGAUCCCUAGGGGGCUUUGGGGCGGUUAUCGGCUGGGACCAUCCAACGAUCUUGGGGUCUGUUGUUCAGUUCAAGCCUGGUAUCACAAUUCCAGGUUAUGUAUCCUCGCCGCAUUGCCUCUACGAAGCGCUUAUUGUCCCGCCUGGUUCCAACGGAAAAGAUGCUGCGUUUGGCAAGCAGUUGCGUCACGAUGCCGUCACACUUGCUUGGUGGAUAGGUGUCUGUCUGGUUGAUAGGUAUUUUACCCUGAUCCAAUCCCCCAACACUCAGCUUUGA